ACCUAUAAAUCUGUUUCAGAUCGCUAACUUGAGUUUCAGUUAAUUCAAUUUGUAAUAACUAUUAAUGACCUCUGUUUGCAAUAAAGAUUCUGUAAAUUGUUUGCUGUUGAUUUUUUAGGGGUUAAAAUAUUAGUAGGUUUCUACUUACUCAUACAAACAUGAAUUUAAAUAUAGUUUGAGACUGGGACCCCGUCACUAUUUCUGGAAUCCUAGAGCUCGAAGUUAGAAGUUAUACAGGCCCAGUUUGGACAGUCCUAGAGUGCAGUGCAGAAGGCACCCCACUGGCUCUGACCUCAGUGUCAUGCUGUCAACUGUGGCAAGAGGCCAGAGCCUAGUGAUGAAACGGUGCAGGUUUGUCACAGGGCGGGCUCCAUGGGCAGAUGGGAGGAGCCUCACAGGCUUAGGUCUAAAAUUCCCACCUGGCUUGAUCCAGAUAGAGACCCGUUUGAAAGCUACCUAAGGAUCAUAAGGCAUUAUGAAAAACCUAUGUUUCGCAGCCAUUACCAUGGCUAUAGGUCUUUAUUUUACUGGAACAAUGGCAAACCCAUCAAGAAAAGGCAGUAUUUUAUUCAAUUCUGAGUGCCAAUGGAGUGGAUCUCUUCUGACAAAUUGUUCUUUUAUUGGAAAGCAUGAUAAUCCUGUGGACAUAUCACACACAGCAGCCACAGUGGAAGUAAGUUCCAAUUUCUUUAGGGUUCUCUUCCAGUCUCCCACGAAAAAAGAAGAACGGAAUAAAAAACACCUGGACCUCAGUAACAAUCUCAUAUCGAAAAUAACCUUACGCCCUCUUACACAUUUACAAGCUUUGGAACUACUGAACCUCAGCAACAAUGCCAUCCGCUCCCUCUCAUUGGCUCUACCGGGUCUUAAGUCAUCGUCGGUGAAACGCCACAGAAGCAGCUUGAGAAAUGGACUUCCACUUCUCAAGCUGCUAAUUCUUCAAAGAAAUAAACUCAGUGACAUUCCCAAGGGACUAUGGAAACUGAAGUCAUUACAGAGUUUGGAUCUGUCAUUCAAUAGGAUAUCCCAAAUCGGUGUGUCUGAUUUUCGUAACUGCCUGCAGCUGGAGAACCUCUAUUUAAAGAGCAACAAGAUAUUCAGAAUUCAUCCAGAAGCCUUUAAGGAUCUCAAAAAAUUACAGACUGUAGACCUCAGCAACAAUGCUCUGACCACCGUCCUGCCGAUAAUGAUCAUUGCUCUAGAACUUCCCCAUCUGCAGGCUGGCUUGGCAGGUAACCAAUGGCAGUGUGACGAGAGCAUGGCAGUCUUCCAAAAUUUCAUUUCUGAAUCCUGGAGAAAGCAGUGGAAUGUAAUCUGCAACAAGGCUAUAGGGAAUGAGGAGGCAUACUGGUGGACUCCCAAAAGCAGAAUUUCCAGGAAGACCCACAUUCUUCACACUAAUCUGAAUCACGUGACAAGCCUCAUAAAGAGCAAAGCUGAGAGGCACCGGGAAGGAAUGUACAUUAGUUUUUCCACUCCAGGGGGAAAACCACAUGCCAGCUCUGAUACCAGUGAGCGGCAGGGACGGCUGUCCAGAAGGGUGAGGAGCGUCCGGGACAUGCAAACAGCUGACCGAAAGGAAGAGGCUUCCCAGGACCUGGCCCUGGCUGUUUGCCUGGCGGUGUUCAUUACAUUCUUCGUGGCUUUCUGCCUGGGGGCUUUGACAAGGCCUUAUGUUGACAGACUGUGGCAACAGAGAUGCCAGCACAGAAGCUCUGGUUCAGACAAUGCCUAUUCCAACGAGGGCUUCUAUGACGAGAUUGAAGCUGCGGAGAACACACAGUACACGAGGGUGGAUCCGCGCCAAGCUCGCCAGGAUCUAAACCCCCGUGAGAACCAAGACCCUUUCUGUGAGACAGAGGCCAGACCAUACGCUGUGGUCAUUGCUGACAGAACUCUGGGAACACGCAGAAAGGAGACUGGCAGCCAGCAGAGCAGGGAGCAAGGUGGGAACCCCACUGGGACAGGAAGUACAGAAGGCAUCAUGCUACCACAUGACAGUGCAGCCCAGUCCAUCCUCCAUGGACAGUCAAAUGCUGACAGUAACGCACUAAUUGCAGCAGGACAGAACCACACCUACAGGAAUGUUAUUCCUAAAGAAAUACAUUAUGACACUGUGGCCCAGGAAGAUUCUCUCUGUGAGCACUCAGGGGGCGUCCCAGCGCCAGCUGGCAGAUCACAAAUCGGCUCUGGCUCAAUCCACAAGGAUUCGAAUGAAUUAGACCCACCCCUCUCAAGAGAAACGACAGCUGCUCUCUCUGAAAUGCAAACACAUACACAGAGGCCUGGAGAGAACGAGGAAAGAGAGGGCACUGAACAGUUGCCUCUAGCAUCUUCUAAGGAAACACAAGUGAGCGCUUCCAUUAGUGUGCUGAGCCCACAGCAGCAAAGGCUCAAAGGGGCCACUGCUGAGGAAGAGCUUUCCACCUACUAUAGUUCAGUCACAUGCAGUGACCCAGGAGAUAGGGACUCAUCGCCACUGGUCUUUCCUCCAGAAUGGGGCAGUGACCUGCCCGUCACUCCCGCUGACAAGGAACCAAUGCAGAAACAUGCUCCUGACACACAGUACGAGUUGGACCCCAACUACGAUUCCGAUGAAGGGUCUUUAUUUACUCUAAGUUCGCUAAGUUCUGAGGAUGCAAGAAAUGUGACUGAAGAAGACACAGACAGCAAGGAGGGCCGUAGAGCCAGUGAGCCCCCGGAGGAUGAGGACUCAGAGGUGAGGAAGGACAAUGUUACGUCAUUCGAGAAUCUUGAGGACAGCACCACCUUCCAGAAGAUUCAGAGGAAAUGUGAGAAUCAGGAGGAUCAUUUUGAAAAACUUCUCAUUUCUGGUCCAGACUCUGGUUUGUGCGAGAGUCAUCUGGAAAGUGCCUCUGAUGCUGACAAAUGUGUGGAUCCAUUGACCUUAACGGGAUCACUGGGCAAGAGUCCUUCCAGGGAUGAGAUCCCAGGCGUGUUCGCUUAUGACUAUGUCACAGCUCCUCAGUCCGAGGCAGUAGAGUGGCACUGCUCACUCAGAGACUUAGAAUUUUUCACUGUGGAUAAUUUACCACAAACACCACCAUGUUCUGCUGAAGUUCCCUCAGAUCCCGACAAGAGUGCCUAUCGUGAAAGAGAUUCGGACAUUUCUACAUGUGAGCCUUUCAUUCAGGGAACAGACACAGCUCAAAACAGUGUUCUUUUCCAGUUCACUGUAGGGGAAAAUGUAAGACCCUCACAACAAGAUUCUGAAGUAUGAAUUCCAACCCUAUGGACACUGAUGCAAAUGAGGGGUUUGUAGGGCCUCUUGAGGACUAUGAUUCCAGAGAGGCUAUACGCCAAACACAACUGUUAGAAUUCUUUGGUGAUGAACCAGCUCUUCAGUGUGAAAGAAGAGGAGGGGAAUAUUUUGAAGAGGAUCCCAAGAGCCAGUUGCCAUUAUUACAAGAGCUUCCGAAUAAAACCAGUUCACUAAGAACACAGGAGCCCUGCAGCGAUAGAGAUGGGAGUAAAUAUUCAGAGGAGACGCUGUUGCAGUCAGAAAAAAGUGACUCUAAUUUUUAUACUCAAAUGCGGACCCAGAGCCACCUGAUGGGACCUGGCUCUCUAGGUGAGGACCGGCUCUACUAUGACAAAGACACGGAUGUGGAACUUAAAAACCAAAGGGAAUUCAAGCCACAUUUGUAAUAUAGAUUGAAGCACUUAGUUGGAACUGCUCAACAGAUUUGACUGAAUUCUGCACAGAGAACAGUACAGCUUUUGGAAGGUUGAUCAUGAAAACUACAAAACUGGAGGGAUUCAGGGCAAUUCUAAACAUUUUUAAAUAUGGUAUGUUAAAA